AUGGAGGAGGAGGAAGACGCUGCGGUAGAAAAUGGAGAGAAUAUGACAGAGGAGGGGGGCGUGGACUUGUCGUCCAUCAACACCAUGAUGUCGACGGUGAUGAGCGCAGGCCAGCUCAACGGAGCCCUGGAGCCCUCCUCAGCCCCCGCUUCCACACCCUCCACCCCCAUCGGCAAGACCACCCCACCCAGACCCCCUAGUGUCAACCGCAACGCCCGGAGGAACACGACGGUACACACACACAUACACACACACACACACACACAAAAUGAACAGGGAGGAGACUGAGUCAGUGUAGCAUCACAUUUGAAGUGUGAACUGGUUGAAAACAGUACAGUAAGACCUGAUGUUUUUGACCAGGCUCCAACAGUGAUGUACAUUGGUGUGUGUGUGAGUUUUCAAACGAGUAGCGACAAAUGGUCCCUAACUCUCCUUGCCUCUCAAUUCCCCUUUUGUCUUCCCGGGCCUGGGUCACAUGGCUCCUAUUAAAGCCUGGGAUUGGGGCCCCUAGCGCUCGGGUGUAGGACAAACAGGUGUCAGUUAUUAAACACACACACACACAGACAGCCUGGAACAAGAGCCAUCCAGAACCAGAGCUUUAGACCCACCUACCACUGUCAUGCAUAGUGUACUUCAUUUCCAUAUAGCAGGAGUGGCCUGAUUCUCAGACUCUCGCCUCUUGA